AUGGCCAUCACUUCCAACUACCCCGACAUCCAGCUACGAGAAGCGGAUAUCUUCUCGCUUCUCUUCGACCGACCAGAUCGACCCUUUGCGGCGAACAAAGUUAUUUUCCAAGACGCGACUCAUCCGUCACGGACAUACACUUAUGAGCAGGUCCGGAAUGAUGCUCUUUGGUUCGGAAAGGGCCUUCAGACGUGCUUCGACAUUAAGAAAGGCGACGUCAUCGGCCUUUUCACUCCGAACGACAUCGAUGUGCCGGCGAUCCUAUUUGGGUCCCUGUGGACCGGGGCGGUGAUAUCUGCGGCCAAUCCCGGAUACAAGGUGGACGAGCUCGCGCACCAACUGAAAGACAGCGCUGCCCGUUUCGUCGUGAGCCAUGUCUCCUCCUUUCCCACAGCUCGUGAAGCCUGUAGUCUUGUCGGCAUCCCGGAGAGCCAGAUCAUCCUGGUUGGCAACGAGAGGUCGGCACGUGGACCGAGCAGACACUGGACCGUCAUCCGAGAAGCAGGACAAACAAGCGCCGGUUCCCAACCCCCGACUCAGAUCAAGAUCCAACCGAGAGAAGACCUGGCUUUCCUCGCCUAUUCGUCCGGCACCACGGGGAAACCCAAGGCGGUGAUGCUCACUCAUUUCAACGUCACGGCCAAUAUCGAGCAAAUCCGAGACCUGGAACCGGUGUCGCACGACAACUCGGUCUCCAUUCCAGGAAUUCCCGACGCUCCCCAGACGGGCGACAAGGUUCUAGCAUGCCUUCCGUUUUUCCACAUCUACGGGCUGACAUGUCUACUGAUCAAUCCCCUCUUCAAGGGCGUGCACUGUGUGAUGAUGGAGGCAUUCGACUUCGAACGCUGGUGUCAGGUCGUGGAAACCCACCAAGUGACCGUGGGAUACAUUGUGCCACCCAUCGUCUUACUGCUCGCCAAACACCCGGCCGUGAACAAAUACAACCUCAGCUCCCUGCGCGUCUGUAGCUCGGGGGCUGCCCCCCUGACGCGAGAGCUGGUGGAGGCGGUGUACAAAAGAACGGGGAUCCGGACGAAACAAGGCUAUGGGCUGACGGAAACUUCGCCGACAUUAUUCGCCAUGCGGUGGCAAGACUGGCACCGCAAGGUGGGGACCACAGGCCUGCUGGUACCCAAUAUGACGGCCAAAUUUUGCAUUCCCUCCGCCGAGAUCGAUCACGCGCAAGGGGCUGUCGAGCUCCCCCGAGGAGAAGUGGGAGAACUCUGGGUCAGCGGACCGAACGUGUUUCGUGGAUACCUUAACCGACCAGAGGCAACGGCGGAAUGUUUGGUCGACGGUUGGUUCAAGACCGGAGAUGUCGGCUUCAUGGAUGAUGAAGGGCACCUCACCAUCACGGAUCGAGCCAAAGAGCUCAUCAAGUACAAGGGAUUCCAAGUUGCCCCUGCCGAGCUGGAGGGUCUCCUGGUGGACUGUGAGCUCGUGGACGAUGCCGCAGUCAUCGGCGUCUUCCUCCGCGAGCAAUCGACUGAGGUACCCCGGGCCUACGUGGUCAGGAAAGGGGGUCCGUCGGCCGUCAAGCCCGGAGACGAUCAGUCAAUCAUUCGAUGGAUGGAUAGACGGGUCACCAACCACAAAAAGCUGCGAGGAGGAGUGCGCUUUGUGGAGAGCAUUCCGAAGAGUCCGAGCGGGAAGAUACUUCGGAGAAUCUUGAAAGAUGAGAUCAAAAAGGAGCAGGAGCGGGAGCAAGAGAUACGUCUGAGAGGACACAAUGCGAAACUCUAG